UUGGACCUCAAGUGUUUUGAUGCUUGGCCACGACUUGUAUGUUGCUAGAAAUCUUGGAGACGCUUAACUGAAUGAAACCUCAGCUCCCAGUCGUUCAUUGCGCCGGGGACGGAGGCUUCUCAAUCCCUUACAAUUUCCCCACCGCCUGAAAUUGCAAGUCAGCAGGACCCAGAAACAAAAGAUAGAGAGAGAAAGAAACAAUUGUUAGCUCCUACCUAGUGCACUAAUUAGAAAGUAGAAGCUACAGCACCGCGGAGAAAGAAACUGAAUUUCCCAUCGUAUUGAACUGUCUGCAAGCUCCGCUUUUAUUGUGAACUGGGCUAUUGCUUUCACUGAUAAGUGGGAGGUUUUGUUGAGACCGGUGGUGAAUGCCCGAGACUGCAAUGAUGAACCGCAAAGGAAUGGUGGCCAAGAUUUUGUCCCGAAUAAGAACCGACUCCUUCCACAGUAAUUACACUCUCCUGGGAAAGGAACUGGGAAGGGGAAAGUUUGCUGUUGUCAAGAAAUGCAUGGAAAAUGCUUCUGGAAAGGAAUAUGCUGCCAAGUUCUUAAGGAAGCGAAGGAAAGGACAGAAUUGCCGCAUGGAUAUCAUUAACGAGAUCGCAAUUCUUGAGAUGGCAAAAAGCAACUCUCAUGUGGUAGACUUGCACGAAGUGUACGAGACAACUUCAGAAAUCAUCUUGGUGCUGGAGUAUGCUGCAGGUGGAGAAAUCUUUAACCAGUGUGUUGCUGAUAAAGACGAGGCCUUCAAAGAAAAAGAUGUCAUUCGUCUUGUGCGUCAGAUCCUGGAUGGAGUCUCCUACUUGCAUCAGAAUAAUAUAGUGCAUCUAGACCUAAAGCCUCAAAACAUCUUGCUGACCAGCUGCAAUCCAUUGGGCAAUAUCCGGAUCGUUGACUUUGGGCUAUCCAGGAGAGUGGACAGUGUUGAAGAGAUUAGGGAAAUUAUGGGCACCCCAGAGUAUGUAGCUCCUGAAAUAUUAAAUUAUGAGGCGAUCACAACAGCGACAGAUAUGUGGAGUAUUGGGGUGUUGGUCUAUGUCAUGUUGACAGGCAUUUCACCUUUCCUUGGAGAUGACAAGCAAUCCACGUAUCUCAAUAUUUCCAAAGUGGACAUCGAUUACUCAGAAGACAUCUUUGAUGGCAUAUCCAAUUUGGCUUUAGAUUUCAUUCAGACUCUUCUUAUUAAGGACCCCAGGAAACGAGCAAAAGCAGAGCAAUGUUUGGACCACCCGUGGCUUUCUUCCAAAGUAGAGGUGCCAAAACCCAUAACCGAAUCAGAGGAGGAGCAGUCGGAGUCUGAACAGAACAGCCCUGAUUCCGAGGAACUGGUUCUCAUGGCCUCCUACACCCUGUGUAGGCAGUUGGACAAGGACAUUAAAAUCGAACGAGCGGCAGUGCACAAACAGUUCAAAUUUGAGGAGUCUUUCACAACGUUGCGAGACUUUCUGAGUGCUUAAUGUAUACUGGACUGCGAGUACGCUGGCUUCAACUAGCUGCACCGAGCACUGCAUUUGUUCGCUGCUCAGAGUGCCACGUGGCUGAAUGGUCUGCAGGCUUUCAUUACUUAGGGCAAUUAACUUUUUAUUGGGCAUAAGUCUGGUGUAAUAUAGAGCAGUUGGCCUAAAUUGAGCACAUGGCUUAAGAAGAAGUGUGCAGUUUUUCUGGAGAAAUAGUGCCCUCUGAGGUUUGAUAAGAGUUGAGAGAUGUGGUUAAAACCUUUACUAAUUAAAUCUGUGAAUUCUGCAUCUCAUUACUUACCAACAAAAGACAAAUUUUGUGAUGGUUGAAAUGGGCAACAUGGAAAUACUGGUAAUAGAGAACACACUAGACUGUGGAAGUGACAAUUUUGCAUUCAUCCAAUGCUUUUGGGUUUUCUCUGGCAACUCUAUUGUCACUCUGUGGUUUGAGAAAAUUCUCUUCGGUAUUGCUCCUUUAAGCUUAAGAAAAAGCUUGUUUUAUUUGAGUUUAACUCAGCUAUGUCAUGGAAGGGGUUUCCGUUCACUGGAUAAUUGCAGAACGUUUCUGUUCCAGUAUGUUAAUGAGCACAUCCCCAACUAUCCCAAAUCCACUUCGCCCCAUUCAUGAAAUUAAUUUCAUACUUUCAAGUUGGAAAUGAAACAUCAGAUAUUCAGCCAAAUAAAAUUGAUCUCAUAACCUUGCUGAGAAAAUGCCAAAAUUGAUAAUAAGUAUGGUUUUCCAUUUGCUUUGAAAGCAUGCAAUAAUAGUUUUGUAUGUUUUGUGUAGUAAAUAGUUCCACUUUGGUUCUCAUUUCAAUUUUAUUAUAAUGUCUGACUUUUCACCUUGUAAUUGUACAAAAUUGAACGUUUGAUCCUUUAUUGAAUUGAAGCAACAUCCUGGGACUUGGAGGGUGGGAAGGAGGUGGAGUCCAAAAUUCAAUUGAUAAAGUUGACUAAUAAUUAGAGUUCUGUGGAUAACAGGACAUCGUAAGAAAAAUUCCUUACAAAUCUAUACAUUGGAAUAUGUCAUGCUGCAAUGAAAUAAUGGCACAUUGAGCAUUAGUGCACAUUUUUUUUGUCUGUGUUGGGGUUUCGGGAAUAAGUAUUUUUUUUUCCUUAUUUAUUGUAUCAUGAUUAUUGAAAGACUUUUGUCAGGGGUUAGAAUUUCCUAAAGAACAUUCCAGGAACAUAUCAGUUCAAUUAUUAAAGCAUUUUUGACACUCAUCUUGUUCAUCCACUUGUGGGUUCCUCUCCUCUAGUCGUGCACACACACUUGUGUUAUAAAGUUCUUGUGGCUGAGAGACAUACAAAAAUGUACAUAUAUAGCUUAAAAAUUUACUGUGCCUUGAUAAUUGGCUAGAUAUUGUGAGACCACGUGCAUUUAGAUGUUUUGCUAUCUGAUACGUGGAUUUUGAUUUCAUUGAGUAUUACUUGACACAAGAAAUAUAGGAAAACCCAAGUGGGAAGAGGAAGCAGUGUUAGUGGAUGACUGAAAGCAGUGAGCAGCUUUUCUGGCAAUGUGUAGCAGACACACAAGCUGUCACUUUAUUUUUCUAUUGGUAUGAUGUAAGGAAAUUCAAAUGUAGGCCACUGGAGUAAUCCAGUCUGUACAGUAAACUGUGCGAAUGCUCAUUCCAAUAAUUGAAUGGUCAGGAAUGUAACAUUUUGCUAGAAAAUGUGCUGUAACUUACUUUUUGAUGUCUGGGCUUAUUAACAAAGGGCUACAGCGUGUGCUUCCUGACUGUGGUCUAAUUCUGACAUUCAUGUUUGUAUAUUCAACAUAAACAUAGUAAGAGGAGGGCACAUAAUAUUGUCUUUCAGUAAUGAAACAAAUCUUUUACUUUCCAUUACUGGUGUUAUCGACCGGAGAAUGCAGAGUUUUUUCCUUUGGUUAUUUUCCUUUUGAAUCCUGACUGAUUUUGACCAAAAUAACACGCUGCACUGCAAGAAGUAUUAAGAUAUUUGCAGUGAAACUGAGUCAAGCAUACAGCAGGUUUUGCCAUGUGGCCUUCAGGCAUCAGUUGUCCAACACAAGUGAAAAACUGUUUCAAGCAGAAUUUCUGUUGUACAUUGGAGUUCAGACUUUUCAGAUAAGGAGUAUUGUAUUCUCAACAUUUAAACAGAGUUAUGAAAGAAUUAUUCAAAUAAGUUCUUCACGUGGAGGCUGUUGGCCAAGUGUAAAGACUGUGCUGAACUGAUAAGAUGUGAUUUUGUUUUAUGUUUCAUUGGAGUUAUUCAAUGCAAAAGCUGGCAACCAGUCCUACUAUUACAAGUUUUGCCAUGGAUCACUCCUGUUCUGUAAGGAACUGCAUUUUCCAGAACAGUAUCAGUAUCUGUUCAAUUCUAACAUUCUGCAGAGGUGCUUGAAUGUAUCUAUUUGGCACUGAGGGAAGAAGAGGUCACAUGAUGGAACAUUACUGCCAUUUGUCAAUGGUAGACCACCACUGAGAGAACUAUAGACAGAAUCACUCAAUCAUAUCCAACUUGUAAAAAUGAGAUUAUUUUAUUAGUAAAUUUUUUAAGUUUACCUGGAAAACAGCCUUGAGUACAAAAGUACUUGACAGGACAAUUGGAGGGAAUAAUGAAUGUUGUUUAAUUUUGGAAAAAAAAUUAGUUAAGGUAAAGCAUAAUUUUUGGAGGGAUGCCACUUGUUUUGUGAAUGUCAGGCCAUUCUAUCCACUAUUCUAAUAGUCAUUAACCUGUUUAUUUUAAAUUGAUUUAGGAAUGUAACAGCAGCCAGAAGUGGGCUGAAUGUUAAAGUAGCCUCUAUUCACAUUCUCCUUUCUAUAGGGCUCAGAAUGAAUUAUGUUCUCAUGUAGACUCUUGGCACAGCUAACUGCACUCUGCACCACUUUAUGUGCAAUUGUUAACCUGUCUAAGUACUCGUGCAUCUUUUAAACUCUCAGAAGAACAAAGAAGACCCAAACUUCAAUGCCUAAAUGAACAAGAUAGGAGAAUAGAGAGAGAGAGAGACCAUACAAGCAGAAUUGUGAAGAAAGAAAAUAUAAUAGAAUGAACGUGUUUUGUGUUUAUCAGUGCAGAGCCUAAGGAGUGAUAAUGAGAUUGAAUGAAAGGUACGUGCAGAGAAUAACUUUGUAUUUUUGACCCUUUGGAGUGCUUUGGAAAUAGCAGAAAACAUUCCUUACCUUCACACUGCUAUUAUGUAACUUGUUUCUUUUUUUAUGGUAAAAGUGUCACCUUUUUGUGUACAAAGCAACAGCAUGGGCACAAGCUUUCUAAAGACAAUAACCAUCAUAUUAAGCAAUCAGGUGAAUAAAUAUUCAAACUUUGUAAUAACUACUGUAAUUUCACUGGAUGACUAUGUAGUUGAUAAUUCCUUGACGUAGGACAUGUUUCUUGAACUAGACUUUUGAAAUGUAAUAAUUGUAACUAUUUGUCUUCUGAAAUGCUGCCAAUUUUAUCAACACCUCCACAAACAAGAAUAGAAUAUACAGUUUCUUUUCUGCGAUAGUUUUGACAGCCAGACUGAUGACAAAGGUACUGUUUGACAUUGUCCACGUAAUGUGCUUUUUUUUUACAACAAUAAAACAUUU